CAGCCGCCUUAGAUCGGAUCCGAUCUACGAGUACCGUCUGUCGCAAUUGUGUGUGUGUAUAUUUUGAUCCGAGAAAAUUUCCGGGGCCUUCUCUCGUAUAAUUUUUUAUUUGUGCAAGAGAGAGGCCUCUAAAGAGAGACUCUCCGAUCAUGGGUGUUGUGUAUUACAAAUAUAAGAGUGCAAAGGAAACGUAUUCUGUGCCAUUGCCCUAUUCUUUUAUAUCUGUUUCUGAACUCAAGCAGCUCAUCCUGUCGAGUAACCGUCACGGCAAUGGCCGUACCCGUGGCCGAGGCCCCAGGGAGGACAUCGCCCUCUCCAACGCCCAGACUGGCGAAGAGUAUGCAGAUGAUAAUGCUAUGAUACCGCAGAACGUAACUGUGCUGGUCCGCCGAGUUGCUGGGCAAAUGUCAGAGAACAUCGUCGUAUUUUCCUCGCGGAAAGUCAUAGAAGAUGGUUCUAUUGCUUCAAACAAAUCAGUGGUUACUGAAUCAGUCUCAAAAUCUUGUUCCUCCACAGAAGUGCAAGAUGAAGAUGCUGCAAUCGCAGCUGUGAUUGAUGCAGCUGAAGUCAAAUGGGAAGAUCCACCAUUUAAGAGAGGACAACAUGUUGGAAGGUUUCCAGGACGCCAGUAUGGUCAUGGACCGCUGGACAAGGAGGCACCUCCACCAGGCUAUGUGUGCCGCAGCUGUGGAGUUCCAGGCCAUUUCAUUCAACAUUGCCCUCGGGAAAACCAGACACCUCCACCUGGCUAUACCUGCUACAGAUGCCGAAUUCCAGGGCAUUUUAUUCAUCACUGUCCGACCAUUGGUGAUCCCAAAUUUGACGACUACAAAGAUAAAAUGUCUCGUUCUUUUGCACCGGUUGUACCUGUAAAUCCCGUUGAUGGCAUUCUGUAUGCACUUGCUGCCCCAGCUGCAUCUGCGAGUGUUGUUGAUGACUUGCCAGCGGAACUCCACUGCCGACUGUGUAACAAGGUGAUGGCAGAUGCAGUGUUAACAAGCAAGUGCUGCUUCGACAGUUUUUGUGAUAAAUGUAUCAGAGAUUACAUCAUUACACAAUCAAAGUGUAUUUGUGGAGUGAAAGUGCUUGCAGAUGACCUCAUUCCCAAUCACACACUGAGGAGCACGAUCAGCAAUAUGUUAGGAACAAGGGCUUGCAGCACUGCAAGUGGUACAGGGAAGCACAAAAGUUCUUCGGGCAGCAACCCCGAUCCCAAGUUACAGAGCCCAACGACCUCGGCUGCUUCAGGAAAGGACUUGAAGAAGCAAUGUAUGGACCAGCUGCUACCAUCAGCUUCUCCUGACGCUGGUGUUGUCCAGGUUGCCAGGGAAGAUGAUCAUGUGGACCAGCAGAAGACCAAAACUGAAGGCUCUGCAGGAGGUUCAGUGCAAACUGCUGUACCGAUUGCUGACCCCCUCAAGCUGAAUGAUGUAAGUGAAUCAACUUUGAAGGGCAGUACGAUCUCAGGGACCCUGGAACCAAAAGUUGCCAAGACUGAUCAACUGAAGAAGAAGAGAAAGAAGGCAGACUCAACUAAGGUUGCUCGUCCAAACAAUGCUGACUAUGGUUACAACGUUCCCUUUGACCCUGCAUAUUGCAACCCUUUCAACGGUGGAUAUCCUAUGGUAACUGAUCCAUACAUGUACAACUCAAUGGGCAUGCCCUAUGGUGGUUACCCUAUGGAUCCAUUUGGUGUCAAUCCCUUCGGCAAUAUGCCACUGCAGGCUCCCUUUGGCAACAUGCCACUGGGCCCCUUUGGCAAUAUGUCACAGCAGGCUCCCUUUGGCAAUAUGCCACAGCAGGCUCCCUUUGGAAAUAUGCCACCGCAGGCUCUUAACAUGCAAGGCUACCCAGCAAACUAUCAAAGCCGGGAAACCCAUCCUGCGCACGGAGAAGCUGCUGCACGUUCGAGGCAGGCCUCUCACCGGGACACUGAAGCUGCUGCACGUUCGAGGCAGGCAUCUCACCGGGACACUGAAGCUGCUGUGCGUUCGAGGCAGACCGAGAGGCCAGAAGACACUGGUUCUAGGCCCAGGCCAUCAGAACGCUCAAGGAGCAGGUCCCGGUCAAGGUCAGAGAGGAGAGAGCAUGGACGUUCUGACAGAGCUUCGGAGGGGAGGGACCAUGGACGUUCAGACAGAGCUUCAGUUGACACAAGAUCGGAGAGGAGGGACCAUGGUCGUUCUGACAGAGCUUCCAUUGACACAAGAUCGGAGAGGAGGGACGAUGGACGUUCCGACAGAGCUUCCAACGACACAAGAUCUGAGAGGAGGGAGCAUGGACGUUCUGACAGAGCUUCCAAUGACUAUGACGAGGACAACCAUAGUAGGAAGAGAAUGCGCGCCUCUUCUCCAGCAGAUGACAAACAGAGCAGGCGGAGGUCCAGACACAGUUCUAGGAGCCUGGCACCUCGUGAUGAUUCAAGCGACGACGAGCAAAAUUUCAAGAGAACGUGGGGACGCAGAUAGUCGGUCACUAUGGACGCAAGGUCCUGAAUAAAGCUGGCUUAGAGAAUUCUCUUGAGGCAUUGCUGAUGUCCAAAGCUUUGCUUGCUGAUACGACUUCUUUUACUACUCGUGAUUGUAUGUACUCCGUAUCAGAAAGCGCAGAGCAACUCUGAAAGCAGAGCGAAACUACCUUCCUCUGGCAGGAAUGUAGCUAUUGACCAUUAUUAUACCGGAUUGUAAUAUACAUGAGCGUUCGCAGCUCUCUUUCCCUGUAAUGCAAUAUUUGCAAGAUGAAAUAAAAAUUUCCAUAAAAUUA